AUGCAAAUAAAUGAGAAGAUGAUCAAUGAAAAGGAAAGCAAUUCAUCACCAACAACUCCGGAUGAUGUACAUAGCGAAAUCAUACCCACAGCAACCUUGCUAAAACAAUUAGCCAUAGGUGUUCAGACUACAAGAAUUAUAAAUUCUAUGAAGGAUCUUAUGAGAUCAUCAGGAGAUGUUUCACCGGUGAAAGAAAGAACUAGUUUAAGUUUAUCUGCAAUGAAGUCAUUUGUAGUCGGCGAGAAGGAAGACAAGUUUGCUUCUGAGUUUGGUCGUGAUGAAAAAGUAAUGUCAUUCAUCCAUUCGUUACAGGAUCCAGAAGGACAUCUUUCAGAAAGGAAGACGCGGUCUCCAUUCGAUAAGAGUACAAACAUUACUAAUUUUACCAAAGAACUUCACGGUGCUCCUCCUGAUAGCUUUGUUACAGAUCUUGCUGAAGCCAUUGGAAGUUUGAAAACUCUGAGAAAAAUGGCAAUAUUUUGGUCUAGAGUUGUUGUGGAAUUGAGAAGGCUAUGGUGUGAAGGGCAACACAUUCCUGGCAUCCCUCCAGAUGAAAUUCCAAAUUUAAAUUCGUGUUUGUUAUAUCAGCAGUUGCAAGUUAUCAAUUGCUGUAUUUCUAGGAAAAAAUGUCGUGCUAUAGCCACAGAAUCAGUAGAAUCUGUUUUAAGACAAGCCACUAAUAAUGUGGACAAAUCGCCUCCUUCUGGAGAUAUUGUGUAUGCUAAAAUUAGCUCAGGAGAACUCGUGCUUCGUUUGGGAAUUUAUAAACAACUUGAAAAUACUAUGCUUUUGGAUACCGGAGAACCUGUUUAUACCCCAGUUUUGCAGGAAGGGCCUCUACUAACAGAAGAUGUUAUCAAGGAAAAUGAGGAAUUUGUGUUACGUACUGGAAGCGUAGGUGCAGGGUGCUCUCAGCUUCUAUCCGAUAUGCAGGCUUUCAAGGCUGCAAAUCCAGGGUGCAUAUUGGAAGACUUUGUUAGAUGGCACUCACCACCGGAUUGGACGGAAACAUUAACAGACGAUCAAAGUAAAGCAUUUGUGGUUGGUGAUAACACAUCUCCAAGAGGACACCUAAGUACUCGUAUGCAGAAAGAAGGUAAUUUGUGGCGACAACUAUGGGAAAAUGCAAAACCAAUACCUGCUGUUAGACAGGCUCCACUAUACUAUGAGGAUUUAUCUGUGGAAGGCAUUCUGCUUGGCUUCGAGACUAUAUCACCUUCUGGUUUCUUUGAGCAGCUGUUUCUUUCUCUUGUAAGUAUAUCUGUUGAAAUGAAUAUCUGA